AUGUUCGCCCACGCCGCGACGACCGCACACGUUUUCACCGCCGCCCCGCGCGGGAGCCGCCCGCGCGCGGGUCGAUCGGCCACGCGCGUGACCGCGACGAUCGCGCGCGCGCGGGAAUUCGCGCCCGAGCGGCGUGAGGUGGCGAGCGUCGCCGCGAAGGCUGCGGCCCCACCGCCGCCCGCGCGAAUGAUCACCGCCGCGCAGUACGCCAGUCUGUUCCAAGCCGUCAUGGGCGUGUACGCGUUGCAGAUGCUCCUCGUUCCGGCGAAGAUGAUCACCGACCACUUCAACGCCGCCGCGGAUCAGCUGACGCAGUUCUGGAUCCGAGGCUCCGCGGUCGCUUUCUUUGGAAUCGUGUACGCGGUGCGCACCCUCCCGAGCGCCGAGGCGACGACGCUCGCCUUCUUCACCUCCCUCGGAUGCGCCGUCUUGUACCCGUUCAACGCCAAGUUCAACCUGUUGAAGCAUAACUUGAGCGUGAAGUACCCGAUGCACUACGUCCCGGAGGUACUCCUGGGGGGUCUCACGCUCCUCGGCGCGUACGUCAUGUACGCGUGA